UUCCGGCGUCGAUUAGCUGGGGACCCGCCGCUGCUGCACCCUUCCGGUCCCCGCCGUUCAACCCUUUCGAUACCAGGAUUUGGGUGGCCAGGACGAGGAAGAGGACGGUCCCUUCUUCCAAUGCCGGGAAGCUGAGAUGGUGUCAGGAGUGGGAUCCAAAGUGGAGCUUCUAGCAACCGCCAGGAGCACUGAGUGAACAUGCAAGGUACCUGCAGGACCCACUUGUGUCCAUCGAUCUCUCACAGCACCUGGGGAUCACAGGCAAAGAAAACUUUUUGUGAUUCACUGAGGACAAUCCCUUCACAAUCUAGAACCUGCAGAUUGGAUCGUCUGAGAACACCAGAGAAAGAGAAAGACUGUCCUUGCCAUCCACACUACAGCAAAACUUUGGAGCUUUAAACCUUGGGUUCAUAAUCUCACAACUGAGAAGGGUCCCUCCACACUCCUGGAACUGUACACCCAUUGGAACCCUUAAGGAAUCAUUGUAGUCAAUCAUUUUCCAGUUCUCAGCCGCUCGGUUGUGAUCAAGAGACACAUGGUUUCCGAACUGCCAGCUCAGAAUAGGAAAAUACUUGGAAAUCAGUAGCAGAUCUCCCAUCAUUGGUGUCAGAAAUCUUUUUUGGAUGUCGUUAGUGCUUCAGAGUCCCAUUAGGAUAUAUUGUGCUCCAGACCAGUGCUCCUCAGUGUUUGGGAACUAGUGCAGGGAUUUUAUAUUGGAAGACAUGGAUCUUGCUGCCAACGAGCUCAGCAUUUAUGACAAACUUGCAGAGACUGUUGAUUUGGUGAGACAGACAGGCCAUCAGUGUGGCAUGUCAGAGAAGGCAAUUGAAAAAUUUAUCAGACAACUGCUGGAAAAGAAUGAACCUCAGAGGCCCCCCCCACAGUAUCCUCUCCUUAUAGUUGUGUAUAAGGUUCUCGCAACCUUGGGAUUAAUCUUGCUCACUGCCUACUUUGUGAUUCAACCUUUCAGCCCAUUAGCACCUGAGCCAGUGCUUUCUGGAGCUCACACCUGGCGCUCACUCAUCCAUCACAUUAGACUGAUGUCCUUGCCCAUUACGAAGAAGUACAUGUCAGAAAACAAGGGAGUUCCUCUGCAUGGGGGUGAUGAAGACAGACCCUUUCCAGACUUUGACCCCUGGUGGACAAAGGACUGUGAGCAGAAUGAGUCAGAGCCCAUUCCUGCCAACUGCACUGGCUGUGCCCAAAAACCCCUGAAGGUGAUGCUCCUGGAAGAUGCCCCAAGGAAAUUUGAGAGGCUCCAUCCACUGGUGAUCAAGACGGGGAAGCCCCUGUCGUCAGAGGAGAUUCAGCAUUUUUUGUGCCAGUACCCUGAGGUGAUAGAAGGCGUCACUGAAGGGUUUUUCACCAGGUGGUGGCGCUGCUUUCCUGAACGGUGGUUCCCAUUUCCUUAUCCAUGGAGAAGACCUCUGAACAGAUCACAAAUGUUACGUGAGCUUUUUCCUGUUUUCACUCACCUGCCAUUUCCAAAAGAUGCCUCUUUAAACAAGUGCUUCCUUCUUCACCCGGAACCUGUUGUGGGGAGUAAGAUGCAUGAGAUGCGUGACCUAUUUAUCAUGGGCAGCGGCGAGGCCAUGUUGCAGCUCAUCCCUCCCUUCCAGUGCCGAAGACAUUGUCAGUCUGUGGCCAUGCCAAUAGAGCCGGGAGAUAUCGGCUAUGCCAGCACCACUCACUGGAAGGUCUACAUUAUAGCCAGAGGGCUCCAGCCUUUGGUCAUCUGCGAUGGAACCACUUUCUCAGAACUGUAGGAAAUAGAACUGUGCACUGGAACAGCUUCCAGAGCCGAAAACCAGGUUGAAAGGGGAAAAAUAAAAAACUAUGAAACUGCUUUCCAGGGGUUGGUUACUUAGUUACCUGCCCUUUGCAUGCAUGUGUGAACCAGCUGUGAGCUGCAAGGCAGUGGCCAGGGCCUAGCCCUCCUGACUCUUCCUGCAGAUGGCUCAGGAAGGAUUCAGCCUGGCCACUUGGCUAGGACUCUGCCAGCACCCAUCUGAGACUGACCUCUUCCGGGCCUUUGGGCACUAAGACCUUGAUGCUGCCCCUUAGGCAGGAAAGAGGGCUGGUGCCUGCCUUCGCCUAUAUUGCCAGCUUCCUUCCCUGGCAGUGGAGAGGGCAGCCAACAGGUUCUGAUGUCAGAGCCAUCCUUUACCAGGUGGGCCUGCUCGUCCCCAUCUUCCUGGCCACAUCACUCUACUUUUUGGAAAGCCAUGGCUGAUUAAAGAAGUUCUUGUAGUUUCCCAAACAAAAUGGAAUCUAGAAGCAGUGAUAAAAGGUCAGAUAACUUUGAAUUGCAUUGAAGCAGUACACUUCUUUCCCAUUGUCCGUGGCACUUGGAGUUUCUGAUGCCAGGCUAGAGUCUGAUCAUAUAAUAAUUCAAAGUGGUAACUCCCAAGGUAAUACUUUCUUCCAUUUCAUCAGGUUCUUAUAUCCCCACUGCACUCCUUCCCCUUCUCCCUUGCCUGUCUGAAUGGCUUCUUGGAAGCUUGGCUCUAGUCCUCCCUGCUUUGGCAGGGCCAGAGCCCACUACUGCUGAGGCAGCACUGCUCUUGUCAGCUGUGUUGCCUUUACCAAGUGUCUUCAGAGGGUUAUGAGUUAGAGUAGCUGGCCUGGGGAGAGGGUGCCUCCCUGGGUUUGAUCUUUAGGGUCUGACUUUCUGCAGAGAAGAUGUUUUACAGAUGUGUCAAAGCUGAUGUUGUAAUGUGGUUGGGGGAGGAAAUCCAGACCCAAAGUGUUUGUCAGCUGGGUGUACAACUGACUGUGUGAUCCUCUGUCUUAAAAUGAUUUCUGUCUGUGCUGGGAAACAAAAACAAGGUGAGGUAUUUUUCUUUUUUGUAAUAAUAUAAAGCUGUGUGUUUCUGA